AGCAUUAGGGACGCGGAAAGGGGUUCGUUCUGUGAAAACUCGCACCAAAGAACACAAACCAACAUACUCUUUCUCUCUUGGACAAAAAUUGUUUUCCCUCACUUUCUCUCUCUAGAAUUGGCGUGGUUGUAGUUGUAGUUGUUGUUGAGAUAUGGAGGCGGCCACCGAUGAACAAGCUCAAUCGGCUGCGGCGGCGGCGGCACGAGUGGAGGACGAAGAAGAGCACGAAACGACCGAGGAGGAGAACUUGCUGUCCAAGGCUCAGACACUCAUGGACAAGAUUACUUCUUCUCCUGAUAACCCUAACUCCAAUGUCCUCCACGCCCUUUCCUCCAUCCUCGAAACCCAAGAAUCAAGGUUUCUCUCAUCAUUCAUGGAAGAGACAGGUCAUUCUUCCUUGAACAAUGGCAGGGCUUCUCAUAAUGUUGGACGGUUGGGGAACUUGGUUCGGGAGAAUGAUGAAUUCUUCGAAUUGAUAUCUUCAAGGUUUCUAUCCGAAGCCAGAUACCCGGUAUCUGUUCAGGCAGCUUCAGCAAGGCUUCUUUUCAGCUGUUCACUUACUUGGAUGUAUCCCCAUGUUUUUGAAGAAACUGUUUUAGAGAACUUAAAAGGCUGGGUAAUGGAUGAGACAACCAGACCUGUUGAAGAUCACAACUGGAAACAUGAAUUAGGGAGAAAGAAAUCCUCAGACUCUGAAAUGUUGAGGACUUAUUCCACUGGCUUGCUUGCUGUAUGCUUGUCAGGUGGUGGUCAACUAGUGGAAGAUGUGUUAACAGCUGGAUUGUCAGCCAAGCUUAUGCGAUAUCUUCGUAUCCGGUCUAUAGGGGAGACAAGUACAAGUCAAAAAGAUGCUCAUUAUUUAGCAGAGAGCAAAAAUGCAUCUUCUGCUAAUUGCAUACGAGGUAGAGAAGAAGGUCGAAGUAGGUUUCGACAAGUUCCCGAAACUUCUCAUUCGGAUGCACCUAGAAUAAUAGAGGGAGGAUCUUUAGAUGACCAAAGUGCUGGAAAGGAUCAUGAUAGAAGACAAGUACGCGGGGAUGAAUGUUGGGUUGAUGGUGAACCUCCUGAUGGUUUGGAUGAAGGUCUCGAUACAUGUGAAGAGGUAGAUGGAGAUCGUGAGGACAGAUGGCAUGGUCGAGAUUUACGUGAUGGAAGGACAAAGCUCGGGGAUAGAAAUUGUCCUGCUAGAUCUGGACGGGAGGAAGAUUUUGAUGAAAGUGUCAGGGAUGAGUCCUCAAGGCGCAGGGUGAACCGUGGAUGGGCAAGAAAUAGAGGAAAGGGAAAAGUUAAUGAAGGCAAUGUAGAGAAUGAACAGAUUUUGACCUCUCCUGGUUCUGGAAGUAGAUUAGGAGCUCAGGGGCGGAGCUUCAAGGACAGGAGUCAAAACAGAAAUUUAGAUGUUAAAAGAUUCCCAGAUCCUAAGAAGGGUCUGAGGAGGAUAGGCACUGAUGAUUUUGUGAUGGAAAGAGAGGAUAAUGAUGACUGUUUCCAAGAAUGCAAAGUUGGCACCAAGGAUAUUUCUGAUUUAGUUAAGAAAGCAGUCCGAGCAGCUGAAGCGGAAGCCAGAGCAGCCAAUGCACCGGCAGAAGCUGUUAAAGCAGCUGGUGAUGAUGCGGCUGAAGUUGUCAAAAGUGCUGCUUUGGAGGAAUUUAAAAAGACAAAUGAUGAAGAAGCUGCGGUUUUGGCUGCUUCUAGAGCUGCAUCUACAGUUGUUGAUGCUGCUAAUGCGAUUGAAGUCUCAAGGGGUUCAAUUGGUGCUGAUGCUGAUUCAAUGAAUUCAAGGGGCACUGAACCAGAACCUGAACCAGAACCAAAUGAAGAAGUUGAAGAAUUUUUCAUUCUUGAUACUGACUCCCUUGCAAAACUGAGAGAAAAAUUCUGCAUUCAGUGUCUUGUGACACUAGGAGAAUAUGUUGAGGUUCUUGGGCCUGUACUGCAUGAAAAGGGGGUGGAUGUUUGUCUUGCCUUAUUGCAACGAAGUUCUAAACAUAAAGAGGCAUCAAAGAUUGCAAUGCUCUUGCCUGAUGUGUUGAAGCUGAUCUGUACUUUGGCUGCUCACCGGAAAUUCGCUGCAUUAUUUGUGGAUCGUGGUGGCAUGCAAAGAUUGCUUGCUGUGCCAAGAGUUGCCCAGACCUUCUUUGGUCUUUCUUCAUGCUUGUUUGCUAUUGGUUCACUUCAGGGAAUUAUGGAACGUGUUUGUGCUCUUCCUUCGGAUGUUGUACAACUGGUGGUUGAGUUGGCUCUUCAAUUGCUUGAGUGCCCUCAGGAUCAAGCCAGAAAAAACUCAGCUUUAUUUUUGUCUAAUGCAUUUGUCUUCAGAGCAGUUCUCGAUUCUUUCGAUGCUCAGGAUGGCCUACAGAAAUCACUAAGUCUGUUGCAUGAUGCUGCCUUGGUAAGAUCUGGGGUUAAUUCUGGGGCAUUGGGAUCUACUAGCUCAGGAUCACUUCGGAAUGAUCGAUCUCCUGCAGAAGUACUGACAUCGUCAGAGAAGCAGAUAGCUUAUCACACCUGUGUUGCUUUGCGACAAUAUUUCAGAGCCCAUCUGCUACUGCUUGUGGAUUCAAUUCGUCCUAAUAAAAACAACCGAAGUGCAGUCCGGAAUAUUCCACAUGCUAGGGCUGCCUACAAGCCACUUGAUAUAAGUAACGAGGCUAUGGAUACAAUAUUUCGACAGAUGCAGAAGGAUCGGAAGCUUGGCCCUGCAUUUGUAAGGGCUCGUUGGCCGGCUGUUGACAAGUUCUUAGCUUGUAAUGGGCAUAUAAUCAUGUUGGAAUUGUGUCAGGCCCCAACUAUUGAUCGUUAUUUGCAUGACUUGCUUCAAUAUGCAUUGGGUGUUCUGCACAUUGUUACACUGGUACCUUCCAGUCGCAAACCAAUUGUGAAUGCCACAUUAAGCAAUGACCGUGUUGGUAUAGCAGUCAUUUUGGAUGCAGCAAAUGGUGCCGGUUUUGUUGAUCCGGAGAUAAUUCAACCGGCAUUGAAUGUGUUAGUCAAUCUUGUUUGCCCUCCUCCUUCAAUCAGUAAUAAACCACCUCUUAUUACACAAGGUCAGCCGUCUGCUUCUGUUCAAAACUCAAAUGGUUCUGCAUUGGAGUCUAGAAAUGCAGAAAGGAAUACCUCGGAUCGAGCUGUUAACCUGCCCAGCCAGAAUGAGCCCAGAGAGCGGAAUGGGGAGUCGAAUGUGGUAGAUCGAGGCAGCUCAGCACCACUUUGUACACCAUCUGUUAGCAAUACUCCUCAAACACCUCUAACCUCUGGAUUAGUCGGAGAUCGUAGAAUAUCUUUGGGUGCCGGAGCAGGUUGUGCUGGCCUUGCUGCCCAACUAGAACAAGGCUACCGUCAAGCGAGAGAGGCUGUCCGUGCCAACAAUGGUAUAAAGGUUCUUCUUCAGCUCCUCCAGCCGCGUAUAGUUACGCCUCCUGCUGCCCUUGACUGUCUUCGUGCUCUUGCAUGUCGAGUACUUCUUGGUUUAGCCAGAGAUGACACAAUUGCACACAUAUUGACAAAGCUUCAGGUUGGGAAAAAACUAUCAGAACUAAUUCGAGAUUCAGGCAGUCAGGCUUCUGGAAAUGAGCAGGCCAGGUGGCAGGCUGAACUUGCCCAGGUGGCAUUUGAGCUAAUCGCGAUUGUAACUAAUUCUGGGCGUGCAAGUACAUUGGCAACUACUGAUGCAGCGAUCCCCACUUUGAGGCGUAUAGAGAGAGCUGCAAUAGCUGCCGCCACUCCUAUUACUUACCAUUCCAGGGAACUUCUACUUCUUAUUCACGAGCACCUUCAAGCAUCUGGUUUGUCUACAACUGCGGACUCACUUCUAAAAGAAGCUCAGUUGACUCCUUUGCCUUCUUUGGCAGCACCAUCAUCGCUAGUGCAUCAAUCCUUGGGGCAUGAGACACCAUCGAUACGAAUCCAAUGGCCAUCUGGACGUGCUUCUGGUGGAUUUUUGUCUGAUAAACCAAAACUUGCUUCACGAGAUGAAGAUUUCAGCAUGAAGUGUGAUUCAGAUGUGACUUCUUCAAAGAAGAAAUCGUUGGCAUUUUCAUCAUCACUAAAUUUACAGUCAUCAAGCAGCAAAAUCACCAGUACGUCAAAAAAGUCUUCUGCAUCAGGAAGUACACCAGAAACACCAUCAAUAUCUGCAGUGAAGCCCAAUUUGGACACUGAUACUCAGUGUAAAACUCCAAUUGCAUUGCCGAUGAAACGGAAGUUAACAGACUUAAAGGAACUAGGGUUGACAUUAUCAGUGAAAAGACUCAACACCAGUGAGCAUGGACUGCGGUCUCCAGUUUGUUCGAUGCCUUAUGCUGCCCGUAAAAGCAGUGCACUGACUGAUGCUAGUGUGUUUUGCACACCAAGUUCUAAUGUGAAAGAUCUUCAAGGGCGAUCAAUACUGAAUAGCGCUCUGGCAGAGAAUUUGGAUGAUAACCAGUACAACACUCAUGUGGGUCUGAUGACACCUUCUUCCCAAUUUGAAAUUCCAAGUGAUCCACAACCUACUGGCACUGAAAGGUUAACCUUGGAAUCUCUUGUUGUUCAGUAUCUGAAACACCAGCACCGCCAGUGCCCAGUUCCUAUUACUACUUUACCACCGCUCUCUCUCUUGCACCCACAUGUCUGUCCGGAACCAAGACAAAGCUUUGAUGCUCCAUCAAAUGUAACAGCCCGACUCAGUACACGUGAAUUUAGAAGUAUGUAUGGUGGAGUCCAUGGAAAUCGUAGGGAUCGUCAAUUUGUCUACAGCAGAUUUAGACCAUGGCGAACUUGCCGCGAUGAUGGUGCUGCUCUUUUGACAUGCAUUACUUUUCUUGGUGAUUCCUCUCAAAUUGCUGCAGGCAACCAUUCUGGAGAGCUCAAAAUUUUUGACUCAAACAGCAACAGUGUGCUGGAGAGCUGCAGUAGCCACCAGUAUCCUUUGACACUUGUCCAGUCGUAUCUUUCCGGAGAGACCCAGUUGGUUCUCUCAUCGAGUGGUCAUGAUGUACGAUUGUGGGAUGCAUCUUCAGUUUCAGCUGGGCCAAGGCAUUCAUUUGAAAGUUGUAAGGCAGCAAGGUUCAGCAAUUCUGGGACCAUAUUUGCAGCAUUGUCAUCUGAGCAAUCCCAACGAGAGAUUCUCUUAUAUGAUAUCCAGUCAUGUCAUUUGGAUCUAAAACUGACAGACACAACUGUGACUCCUUCUGCUCGGAGCCAUGUUUAUUCCCCUGUUCACUUUAGCCCUUCAGACACGAUGCUGCUUUGGAAUGGAGUGUUAUGGGAUCGGCGGGGCUGUGGUCUUGUCCAUCGAUUUGAUCAGUUUACAGACUACGGUGGUGGUGGCUUUCAUCCCGCUGGAAAUGAGGUGAUUAUAAAUUCUGAAGUCUGGGAUCUGCGGAAGUUCAAGCUCCUUCGAAGUGUACCUUCCUUGGACCAGACGGUAAUCACAUUCAAUGCUAGUGGAGAUGUAAUAUAUGCAAUUCUGAGGAGAAAUCUUGAGGAUGUUACUUCAUCAUUUCAUACUCGCCGCGCCAAGCACCCCCUUUUUUCUGCUUUCCGCACAGUGGAUGCUGUCAACUAUUCUGACAUAGCAACGAUUCCUGUAGACCGGUGCGUCCUAGAUUUUGCAACAGAGCCAACUGAUUCUUUUGUCGGGUUGGUUACAAUGGAUGAUCAAGAAGAGAUGUAUUCUUCGGCUAGGGUAUAUGAAAUCGGUCGUCGGAGGCCUACUGAUGAUGACUCUGAUCCUGAUGAUGCUGAUAGUGAAGAAGAGGAAGACGAUGAUGAUGAGGAUGGUGACGAGGACCCAUUACUGGGACUGGAUAUUGAUGGGGACGGUGACAGCGAUGAUGCUGAUGAUAUGAGCAACGAUGACGAUGAUAGUGUGAGCGAGUUUGAAGAUGAUGAUGAUGAUGAGGAAGAUGGCGAUUUUGUCAUGGAUGGUAUCGACUUUGACGGAGGAGGUGGAAUAUUGGAGAUUGUGGGAGAGGGUGAUGAAGAUGAUGAUGACAGUCAGGUGGUGGAAUCUCUGAGUAGUGGGGAUGAAGAGAAUUUUGGAGGUUUUGGCUUUUAAAAGGUAUAUAAAAUAAUCAUUUGAGGGAAGGAAAAAAAAAGGGUGUAUUUAUAGUAAUUUGGAUGAUGUAAUUACUGUUUAUGGGUUUUUAUUAGGGAGAAGAGAGAGAGGGAGAGGAUUCUUUUAAGUUGAGGAAACUUCAUCAGAUCUUUGUACCAAACAGCUCAUUAGAGUAAAGUUAUACAUUGUUAGGGCUGGUCUUUUUUUGCCUCAAUCCAUAAUUUAAAUGGAAAUUUUGAUUCCUGGUGA